CAAGGAUGAUAAAGCUGUGCCCACAGGAUUACCUCUUUUGACCCAUUUCAUACAUCAAACCUUGCGAUUCUAAGUAAGCGCGCACUGCCACUGGUAGAACUACGUAGCUGUGGCAGGAAAACUCGAUGACCCAGUGUUGGCGUUCAGACUAAGCUGAUACAUGUUGCAGGAUGAGCCAUUUCAUAGACAGGAUGAGCCAUUUCAUAGACAGGAUGAGCCAUUUCAUAGACAUGAAGAUACGGCACACUCGGUCAGAGUCAGUGCGGCCGCUUGAUGAGAGCGUGAGUUUUUCUUUUCAAGAAGGAUCCAUCCAGAGGUCUCGGUUUAUCCUCACCUGCCUUCUGGUCUGACCUUUGCUUUUUGCAAAAAGUAUCGUGAGUGAAGGUUCACUGUGAAGCACAAGAACUAUCUAAUCUUUAGAUGGAAGGAACCAAAAAAUAGAGAUUACUUAGUAAGUAAGAGAUCAAGUAGUGACCACCUAUAAACUGAAACCUUGCCUUUCCUAUCUCGCCUCCGAAAGUAAAAGUAUCGUCAUCAUGGUUUGACACACUUCUUAUUGCUAUACGCUAGAUUUCGAUUUGUUGAAGGAUCGAGAAGAUGACGACAGCAGCGCAGAAAGAGGAUAACUCAUGGUGGGAUCAGUCCUCUGGUUCUGCCUCUAGUGGUUCGGAAGAUACACAUACAACUAGUAGCACAUCCAAGAACCCUGAAAAAACCUGCUCUCGUCCGGCAGCCGGUCUCCACCGCAACGAUGACGGCUCUUGGUCAUGCACAGGAGUUAGCGACGACGACACCAACUUCAUGCUACGUUUGACACGACAAUUUGCUGUCACAAUUGCAGUGACCAAUGCUGGCGCGUUUUAUGGGUGGCGAAAGUUUGUCAAUUCGCGGAAUCUCGAUGUUAUACCGCGCCGUGCUGGGUAUCUAUCGAUUCCGUUUGUCUCCUUGCAACUGGCGUCGUGUUUUUUUGCGUGCACGUAUUUGAGGCCUGAGGAGACGCGAGAAAGAAUGCAGCGGAUUGCAGUACAGAUACAGGAAGCGGCAGCGGAGCUGCAAAAUGAACGGCGACAGGCGAUUGGAGGGAAAGGUUAAGGCUUUGGUUUUUGGCACAACAGAACACUUCAUUUGUCAGUUUACCACCUUGCUGUAGAUGAAACUUGAAGGGAAAGUCUCAUGACCGAAAAGUACGAGGAAGAGGAACACACUGAGUUGAAGACGUGAAUGAGCCACAGCCUGACUACCAUCAAAAAGAUCAUCAUGGGUGUGGGUCUAACAUCACCAGGGUCAACACCAGUCAAGAGAGCUUUUCCGGGUGCCGAGCGACUUGAAUUCGAUACUGCAGUCCUCUGGCCCUCUCGAUCUCAGCCAGCAUAAUACGAGCAUGGGCAUCAACUCGCUUGCAGCUCACAUGAGUCCUCAGGGACCUGCGCUCGGUCAGGCUGUGGCCGCUAGUCAAGGCCAUACUACUCUAAGGCCAAAUGUCGACGUAAUGAACCACGUCGAUGUCAUGAAUUUUUCGUCAGAUGUUGAAAUCAUGGGUGAGGAUAGUUGUCAGACGGCCAUGGGGUGACUGGAGUCAACACGAUCGGGACGGGCAUGAUCUAUCUGAUGGACAACUUUUGCGAAUUCUUCGCUGUGAGAUUGAUCUUCGCUGCAGAGAACAAACAGUCAGAACCAGAAGUUUUGUUUUUGUCUUUCAACAUCUACAAGAAUGGCAGGAUCUUUGCG